AUGAAGCUCCUUGGACUGGUCAUUUCGACCAUUCUCACAUGUGCAGCUGCUACGACUACUCACAUUCUGCAUAUAGACAACGAAAGCAAUUUCUUAGAUACGAUUCAAUCGCAUAAACUAGUACUUGUCAACUUUUAUGUACCCGACUGCGAGCCUUGUGAGUCCAUCAAGCCAGAAUAUGAAAAGGCAGCAGAGACACUAGCAGAUUCCGUACGAUUCGCACAAGUGAAUUGUGCUGAGAGUGAAUCGAUUUGUUCAGCGUAUCGUCUGAAAGGGUACCCUACACUACAGCUUUUUAGACGUGGUAAGGCAGUGGACGUUUAUUCGGAGGAACCGACAGGCAUUGUGAACUAUUUAAAAAGUCAAAUGACCUUCAAGCUUGCAGACAUCAAGACAAAGGCAGAACUGGAAGAACGUAAAGAAAAGGAACCCAUCUUGAUCGUCGCCUAUGUGUCACCCACCGACUCAGUAUCCAUUGAUCAAUGGAAAUCCAUCUCUGAAGAAAUGAUGGAUGAUUUUGCAUUUGCUCUUGUCACAGACGACACUUUAUCUGCAACCGAAAACAUAUCCACGUUACCCACUGUUGUUCUCUACAAACACUUUGACCACUUACGCGACGAGCGCAAGGGCGAUUUCAAAAAGGAAGAUAUCAUGGACUUUAUCUAUAUCAACUCAGUGCCGCUCCUAGGCGAUAUCACGUCCAAGAACUUUAUGGACUAUGUCGAUGCAGGUCGUCCACUGGCAUACAUCUUUACUGACAGUCUCGAGAUGAAGAACCAGAUGCACGAGCUGUUUUUGCCUCUUGCCGAAAAAUAUAAAGACGAAUUCAGUUUUGUACAUCUCAAUGCGUCUCAAUAUCCUGGUCAACUCGAACUCUUGUCUCUGGACAAACAGAUCCUGCCCACGUUGGGUAUCCAUAACUUCAAGACGGGCGCAAGAUACCCGUUUGAUCAAGAUGUCGAGUUCAACCUGAACCGUAUCGAUCAGUUCCUUAGCAACAUCGUUGACGGUGGUGUUGAGCCCGUGGUCAAAUCACAAGCAUUCCCUCAGCGCUCCCCAAACGAUACGGUCCAUGUAGUGGUCGGUCAUGAGUUCAAUACGGUCGUGUUUGACAAUACCAAAGACGUGUUUAUACAAAUUUAUGCACCCUGGUGCAGACAUUCUCAGCAACUGGCGCCCAUCUGGCAGCAACUCGGUGACCUCGUUCACCAUCAGAAUCAAGACAAUGGAUUGGUUAUUGCCAAGAUGGAUGGUGCAGUCAAUGACGUACCUCCUUCUGCUGGAUUCCAAGUGAAAUCUUAUCCCACCAUCAAGUUUGUCAAGGCAUAUACAAAUGAAGUUGUGGACUAUGAUGGAAAACGCACUUUGGAGGAUUUAGUCAGCUUUGUCAACACCCAUUCGAGCACAGCCAAGAUUGAUUUACCCGUUCGUCAUGAUGAACUCUAA